UUCGCCAUGUUGGCCAGGCUGGUCUUGAACUCCUGACCUCAGGUGAUCCGCCCGCCUCGGCCUCCCAAAGUGCCGGGAUUACAGGUAUGGGCCAUCGCGCCCAGCCAGCAUUUUCUAAUGUAUGAUUUCUUUGCGGACCCAUUGGCAAUUUUGGAAGGUGGUGUUUCAUUUUCACAUAUCAGCAAAUAUUUGUCAAGCACCCACAUUGUGCCAGGUGCUACACUAAGUGCUGGGGUCACAGGGGCGAGCAAGACAGGCCAAGUCCUUGCUCUCCCAGAGAGGGGCCAAACAGUAAACACAGAAAAGGAAUAACAUGAGUUGGUGGCAAUAACUGUAAUGAAAAACCUGCAGCUGGAUGAGGGGUAGAGAGUGAUGGGGUGGGGAGUGCUGAGUAGAGACCCAACCAGGCUCCAGAGGCCUUGUUGAAAUCUGGGGAAGAACAUUGUAGGUAGAAAGUAACCACCACCCUCUCCUACCAGGCCCCUUGUAUAGACACCGCUCAUAACCCAGAAGACACCCCUAAAUAAAACUCUUAUCCCGAUAUUCUACCCUCACCUUCCUUCACUCGGGGAACAGCCCCCGGUCAAACACUGCUGCGGGGGCAAGGGUGGGAAUGGGGUUCAGCUGAUUGAUCCAGACUCUUACUCCGUGACGGCUGGCAACUCACUUUGCCUCUCCGUGCCUUAGUUUUCUCAUUUAUGCAAUGGCGGUAACAGCCGCCCCUAUUUCUUAGAUUUGUGGGAAGUCAGUGAAUUAAUACGUGUAACGUGCUUAGAACCGUGGCUGGCCUCUAGGAGAUGUCCCAUCAGUGACAGCUAGGAUUAACGUGUGCUCUAGUAGAGGCAAGCUAGGCAGGGCCUUCUUUCCCCAAACACUCUUACCCUUCCUCCCCAUAGUGCCCUAAAUCACCCCCUACUCCCUGCAUCCUUAUGGCCUGUGUUUGCCUUCCUGGCCAGUCAGCCCCCUCCAGAGCUGUCUCCCCAACUUAGGUUCCGCCUACAGCCUUCCAGUUACCACCCCAGCCAUGCCUGUCCUCUUUCCGGAGAUCAGAUUAAACAGAGGGGGUGUGAAGGGCAUGGGAUGUUGAGUCUUGUCCAAGGACAAGGACAUCCAGAGCUGGAGACUAAAAAUAUCUCACUCCAGGAUGGUGUUUGGGGUGGGGGUGGAAGAGACACUCCUCCCUCACCUGUGGGAGGAGAAAGCAGCCCGAUGGAUAGAGGAGAAAGGGUCCAAGCCUUGGUAGGAACCCCCUUGACCCCCACAGUGGGUUGGGCUUAGAGCCAGGCCCCCACUGGGUAGGGAUGAUGGACAGAAAGCGGGUCAGACCUCACGGGCCCUUCACCCACUGACCCUCCACCCACUUGGUGGAGGUGCUUCCCCAGGCCAGCAAGUAGCCUAAGAACCCAGAGAUCAGUUACGGGAGCUGAGGGUCUGGUGUGGUGGGGGAUAACACAUGGAUACCUGCCAUCUGGAAUGAAAAGUCGUGUAAAGGAGGUGCCAGAGAAUGAUGCUGGGGUGGAGGGGUCAGGAGAAGCCCCACUAAGGGCAAGGAUGGAACUCAAGCUCCCUGCUUCUGUUGCUAGGCUCAGCCCAGGUGUGUGAUGUCAUGGAUGGUACAAAUAGCUCAGGGGAUUGGACGCAUUCUGCUGAGGGUCUCCCGUCUCCCACCCGCCGGAGAUGGAGGCGAACCCAGCGGGCAGCGGCGCCGGGGGUGGCGGGAGCAGCGGCAUCGGGGGCGAGGACGGGGUACACUUCCAGAGCUACCCCUUCGACUUUCUGGAAUUCCUCAACCACCAGCGCUUCGAGCCCAUGGAACUGUAUGGGGAACACGCCAAGGCGGUGGCAGCCCUGCCCUGCGCGCCCGGGCCCCCGCCGCAGCCCCCGCCGCAGCCCCCUCCCCCGCAGUAUGACUACCCGCCCCAGUCCACCUUCAAGCCCAAGGCGGAGGUGCCCUCCUCGUCCUCGUCCUCGUCCUCCUCUUCGUCCUCGUCGUCGUCUUCGUCCUCUUCCUCUUCCCAAGCCAAGAAGCCCGAUCCGCCCCUGCCGCCCGCCUUCGGGGCGCCCCCUCCUCCCCUCUUUGACGCUGCUUUCCCCGCUCCGCAGUGGGGCAUCGUGGACCUCUCGGGACACCAGCACUUGUUUGGGAACCUGAAGCGAGGAGGGCCCGCGUCCGGGCCGGGGGUGACGCCUGGGCUGGGCGCUCCCGCGGGGGCCCCAGGGCCGCUUCCUGCCCCCUCGCAGACCCCGCCAGGACCCCCCGCGGCGGCGGCCUGCGACCCCACCAAGGACGACAAGGGCUACUUCCGGAGGCUGAAGUAUCUGAUGGAGCGGCGCUUCCCCUGCGGCGUGUGCCAGAAGUCCUUCAAGCAGUCCUCGCACCUGGUCCAGCACAUGCUGGUGCACUCGGGGGAGAGGCCCUACGAAUGCGGCGUCUGCGGCCGCACCUACAACCACGUGUCCAGCCUCAUCCGCCACCGCCGCUGCCACAAGGACGUGCCACCCGCCGCGGGGGGCCCUCCCCAGCCCGGCCCCCAGCUCCCGCCGCUGGGCCUCCCAGCACCGGCUGCCAGCGCUGCCACCGCCACCGCCCCCUCCACGGUGUCCUCGGGCCCUCCGGCCACGCCCGCGGCGCCCGCCCCCUCCGCAGACGGGAGCACCGCCCCUGCUGGUGUUGGGGUGCCCCCUCCCGCCGCCGGGGGCGGCGACGGCCCGUUCGCCUGCCCACUCUGCUGGAAGGUUUUCAAGAAGCCCAGUCACCUCCACCAGCACCAGAUCAUCCACACGGGCGAGAAGCCCUUCUCCUGCUCCGUGUGCAGCAAGAGCUUCAACCGCAGGGAGAGCCUGAAGCGCCACGUGAAGACGCACUCGGCCGACCUCCUGCGCCUGCCCUGCGGCAUCUGCGGGAAGGCCUUCCGCGACGCCUCCUACCUCCUCAAGCACCAGGCGGCCCACGCAGGGGCGGGCGCCGGGGGACCUCGGCCCGUGUACCCCUGCGACCUGUGCGGCAAGUCCUACUCAGCGCCGCAGAGCCUGCUCCGCCACAAGGCCGCCCACGCCCCGCCCGCCGCCGCUGCGGAGGCGCCCAAGGACGGGGCAGCCUCGGCACCGCAGCCCCCGCCUACCUUCCCCCCGGGCCCGUACCUCCUGCCCCCCGACCCUCCCGCCACCGACAGCGAGAAGGCGGCGGCGGCCGCGGCGGCGGUGGUGUACGGCGCCGUGCCAGUCCCGCUCCUGGGCGGCCACCCGCUGCUGCUCGGCGGCGCAGGGACCAGCGGGGCGGGAGGCUCGGGCGCCAGCGUCCCGGGAAAGACGUUCUGCUGCGGCAUCUGCGGGCGUGGCUUCGGGCGCCGCGAGACCCUGAAGCGCCACGAGCGCAUCCACACGGGCGAGAAGCCCCACCAGUGUCCCGUGUGCGGGAAGCGCUUCCGCGAAUCCUUCCACUUGAGCAAGCACCACGUGGUGCACACGCGCGAGCGGCCCUACAAGUGCGAGCUCUGCGGCAAGGUCUUCGGCUACCCGCAGAGCCUCACCCGCCACCGCCAGGUGCACCGGCUCCAGCUGCCCUGUGCCCUGGCCGGGGCCGCCGGCCUCCCCUCCACCCAGGGCGCAUCCGGGGCCUGUGGGCCCGGGGCCUCAGGCACGUCUGCAGGGCCCACCGAUGGGCUGAGCUACGCCUGCUCGGACUGCGGCGAGCACUUCCCAGAUCUCUUUCACGUCAUGAGCCACAAGGAGGUCCACAUGGCAGAGAAGCCUUACGGCUGCGACGCCUGCGGCAAGACCUUCGGCUUCAUUGAGAACCUCAUGUGGCACAAGCUGGUCCACCAGGCCGCCCCCGAGCGCCUGCUCCCGAGCACGCCUGGCGGCCCGCAGCCCCCGGACGGCUCCAGCGGCACGGAUGCGGCCAGCGUGCUGGACAAUGGGCUGGCGGGGGAGGUGGGAGCGGCCGUGGCGGCACUGGCAGGGGUGUCUGGGGGUGAGGACGCAGGCGGGGCGGCGGUGGCAGGGGCCGCCGGGGGUGCCAGUUCCGGCCCUGAGCGCUUCAGCUGUGCCACGUGCGGCCAGAGUUUCAAGCACUUCCUGGGCCUAGUGACUCACAAGUACGUGCACCUGGUGCGACGGACCCUGGGCUGCGGCCUCUGCGGCCAGAGCUUCGCGGGCGCCUACGACUUGCUCCUGCACCGCCGCAGCCAUCGGCAGAAGCGGGGUUUCCGCUGCCCGGUGUGCGGGAAGCGCUUCUGGGAGGCGGCCCUGCUGAUGCGCCACCAGCGCUGCCACACGGAACAGCGGCCGUACCGAUGUGGCGUGUGCGGCCGAGGCUUCCUGCGCUCCUGGUACCUGCGGCAGCACCGCGUGGUCCACACUGGCGAGCGGGCCUUCAAGUGCGGCGUGUGCGCCAAGCGCUUCGCGCAGUCGUCCAGCCUGGCAGAGCACCGGCGGCUGCACGCUGUGGCCCGGCCCCAGCGCUGCAGCGCCUGUGGCAAGACCUUCCGCUACCGCUCCAACCUGCUGGAGCACCAGCGGCUGCACCUGGGCGAGCGCGCCUACCGCUGUGAGCACUGCGGCAAGGGCUUCUUCUACCUGAGCUCCGUGCUGCGCCACCAGCGCGCCCACGAGCCGCCGCGGCCCGAGCUCCGCUGCCCCGCCUGCCUCAAGGCCUUCAAGGAUCCCGGCUACUUCCGUAAGCACCUGGCUGCCCACCAGGGCGGCCGGCCCUUCCGCUGCUCCUCCUGCGGCGAGGGCUUCGCCAACACCUACGGCCUCAAGAAACACCGCCUAGCGCACAAGGCCGAGAACCUCGGGGGGCCUGGAGCAGGGGCGGGCACCUUGGCCGGAAAGGAUGCCUGACCGAGGGGUUCCCAUCCCACUCCCAUCAGAAGCCCCCUUCUGGACUCCCACCUCCCGGGACUGAUCAGACUCUCCCCCCUCCUCGCUGUUGCCCCAUCCCUCAGAACUUCAGACGGACUGGCGACCUUCAGGGCGCACGCCCGACAGGCUCAAGACUGAAUCACUCCCAUCCUCGACCUCUCUGCCCUCCCCUCAUCCCAUCAGACACUGAACCCAUCCUCCGUCCAACCCUCGUUUGUGAGCCUCAUCAGCCCCCGUCCCAGCAGCGCUCUGCCCCCAGUUAAGUUUUGGCGGAGAUGGGUCUGAACCGCCCCUCCCCCUCCUUUGGAAUCUGGCUGGACAAUGGAGUAUGAGCAGAGUUGGGAGGGUACAAGGGGGUGCUGGGUGCUCUUUGGGGUGGGGGGGUGGGGGGCGGGGUGGCAGACGCGGCUUGUACAGAGCGGAGAAUAAUAAAUCUUACCAUGAGGGCC